CCCCUCCCUUUCAGAGCCCCCGGUUCCUUAGAAACCAGGCGGCGUGUUACCGGUGUCUGGGCACUACAUUACUGUACCCGUUCAACCCCGCCAGUCUGCUUCAAGUCGGGCGGGUGAGACCCGGCUGGACCCAUGGUUUCCGGUGUGGCGAGGAGCAGGCGAUGCCAGCGUGCCAGGAGCCAUGCUUGACCAGGAUGGUGGGUAGAUCAGCUCCAUGCUAGAGGCCCUUGUGAGGAGAUGAGGCAGUGAGCAGAGGCUGGGAUGAAGAUGCUGCCGGGAGUGGGCGUGUUUGGGACUGGCAGCUCAGCCCGGGUCUUGGUCCCACUGCUAAGAGCAGAAGGGUUCACCGUGGAGGCCCUGUGGGGGAAGACAGAGGAGGAGGCAAAGCAGCUUGCCGAGGAGAUGGACAUCACCUUCUACACCAGCCGCACUGAUGAUGUCUUGCUGCACCAGGAUGUGGACCUGGUGUGCAUCAACAUCCCCCCUCCACUCACCCGGCAGAUAUCUGUGAAAGCUCUAGGUAUUGGGAAGAAUGUGGUCUGUGAGAAGGCAGCAACCUCAGUGGACGCCUUCCGGAUGGUGACAGCCUCCCGCUACUAUCCACAGCUGAUGAGCCUGGUGGGGAACGUGCUGCGCUUCCUGCCUGCCUUCGUGCGCAUGAAGCAGCUGAUUGCAGAGCAUUAUGUUGGCGCAGUGAUGAUCUGUGAUGCCCGCAUCUACGCAGGCAGCCUGCUCAGCCCCAGCUAUGGCUGGAUCUGCGAUGAGCUGAUGGGGGGAGGGGGCCUGCACACCAUGGGCACCUACAUCGUGGACCUGUUGACCCACUUGACCGGCCAGAAAGCUGAGAAGGUACAUGGGCUGCUCAAGACAUUUGUGAGGCAGAAUGCUGCCAUCCGAGGCAUCCGGCAUGUCACCAGCGAUGACUUCUGUUUCUUCCAAAUGCUCAUGGGUGGAGGAGUAUGCAGCACAGUGACACUUAACUUCAACAUGCCAGGCGCCUUUGUGCAUGAAGUCAUGGUGGUGGGCUCUGCGGGUCGCCUUGUUGCUCGCGGAGCUGACCUCUAUGGGCAAAAGAACUCUGCCACACAAGAGGAGCUGCUAGUGAGGGACUCACUGGCUGUGGGUGCAGGGCUGCCUGAACAGGGGCCUCAGGAUGUCCCGCUGCUCUACCUGAAGGGCAUGGUCUACAUGGUGCAGGCUUUGCGCCAGUCCUUCCAGGGGCAAGGGGACCGCCGCACCUGGGACCGCACCCCUGUCUCUAUGGCUGCCUCAUUCGAGGAUGGGCUCUACAUGCAAAGUGUGGUAGAUGCCAUCAAAAAGUCAAGCCGAUCUGGGGAGUGGGAGACUGUGGAGGUUCUGACAGAGGAGCCUGAUGCCAACCAGAACCUGUGUGAGGCACUUCAGCGGAAUAACCUAUGAGCCUGUGAUUGGGCUCCCUGCCACAGGGCACAGGAAUCAGGGAGGGAGCGAUGAUGAAAGUAUAGCUGGCCAUGGCAGAGACAAUGUCAUUCAUUUAGUAAUUCAGCUUGGACUAGGGCAGAUAGAAGAUUGAAGGUGGCCCAGGGAAAUCUCCCUUCCGUCUGUUCAUUUAUUCCUCAGACUUGAGGAGUAAAUGAGCCUACUGCCACAGCCUACUACCUACUACCACCUCCAACACACCUACUACCACAGCCUAGACUAGCAUUGUUGUGUAGGGCAGAUCUGCUGCCAGGCCUCUUCAUGGCUCUGCUAGUCAGCAAGACCAGUAAAAUCUUAGUUUGGGCUCUUCAAUAUGAUGUGAUCUGAGAGAAUGAAAAAGUCUAGCAAAGAGCCACCUGGGCUGAGAUCUGAGGAGAAAUGAUAAGAAGCCUUAUUAUUUCCAUGCCCAUGCCCUCCUUGGGACCUGGGGCAUCUCAGGUUAGUGGGGCAGCAAGUCAUCCCUCAGGGAUCCUCACCUGCCCUCCCAUCUGACCGCACCAGGCUGACCUGCAAGGAGGAAGGGCUUUGUAUUCAGUAAGCUCUCGGGCUGUUGACUUAGGCCAAAGGCCUCUGACUUGGUGGAGAGAAGAUACGCAGAGCCAUAGAACAUUUGAUGAAUGUCACUAUAAAUCACAAAAAGUGA